AUGUACUUUAUAGCAUUCAUACUAUUUCUAUAUUUUGAUAACACAUACUGCAGUUUGUGGGCGAAAGGAAUUGUACAUUACUCCCUCAAUACAAAGGAUUAUGACCCUCACUCGCAAGAAGUGAUAAUGCAUACAUUGCAGAAGAUACAGAAUGAGAUCUGCCUGAAAUUCUUCAGCAUACCCGUGAACUACACCGCGCCCGACGGCGAGAAGGUUCUGUACAUACAGAACCCGAAGAAACUGAAGAAUUGUCCCCCCCAGACUUACGACUUCAGCUUAUCUGUCAUUGACAUGCCUGUCGGUUACAAAUGCAUCAAUGAACGGGACAUUAGCAGACUCGUAGUCGAGAUGGUAAAAGCCAGCAUUCACAAAACUGAAACAGUGAUGAAUAGUUACGAUUUGAUGAAGAAAUUCCAGGAAAAGGCAGAAAAUGCCGAACGAGCGUCUCUGCUUAACCCGAACGAUCGUAAUUACAUCAACGCGCAUUACUUCCAAGAAUGCGGGGGUCAGAACCAGCGCAGUGAGCCUUCCAGACGCCAGGAAAGCGAUGACGUGGAUUCGGAGAUGUCCUCGAAGAACUGGGAAUACUACAGCUCGAAAGUGUGGCCUCUGGGUUUGGUUAUUUACAAAAUCAAUAGCAGUUUGCAACUGGGAAUACUACUUACUAAUAAAAAUUGUACAGGGGGCACCACAGCUUUCUCGGCGUUGUUGGCAGCCAUGCGCACCAUAGAACUGGACACGUGUGUGAUGUUCCAAGAAGCAGAGGACGACAACGUGCUGGAUCCCAAGAAUAUGAUCGUUUUUGAAGAGGAAGGCGAAGACUGGCCGCUGCUCGGGUUUCAAGAGGGUGUCCAAACGGUAAAAUUAUCAACAAUGGCGCAAUGCGAAGACCCGGGACACGCGUCUCACGCUCUGAUGAUGCUCUUGCGCAUCCUGGGCAUACCGAUGAUGUCUAACAGAUACGACCGGGACAACUACCUCAAAAUUAAUUGGAAGAACGUGCAAAAAGGCCAGGAAUUGUAUCUGGAGAAGGCUCCCAAAGAGGCGUGGCUUAAGAAUAUACCCUAUGACUUCACAAGCGCAUCUCACGCGCCUGCCACUUUUUUGUGUCCUGGGUGUCUGACCACGUACACUGUUGAGCCUAUACAGGACCACCUCUGGCACCGAACCUUGACCAUGGGCCGAACUAGCCGCCUCUCCGCCGACGACAUCAAACUGAUCUCCACAGUGUACACAGAGCAGUGCCAAGCGAGAGUACUGCCGAUGCCAAACAGAGCAGUGAAGCUGGAAGAUUAUGGUGAAGUUAACGCGCGGGGUGCCCAAGUUUUUGAGGAAGAAAAUAAUAAUGGUGCUGGAAACACUAUAAAAACAAAGGGGAAAAAAAAGAAGCUAUACGGCUUAGAUCAAUCCUCGUUCGAGUUCCUUACGCACCAAGCCCCUGAUGGAAUAUCCGACUGGAAUAUCGAUUUCGAUUAGGAAAUAAAAAAAAAAUUUUAGUUUUUUGUGACUUAAGACUUACAGGCAGCGGAUAUAAUAUUUAA